UUCUGUCUGUCUGUAAUGCCGCGUAUGUUUGUGUGUUCUGCUUCCAGGUGGUUUGACAAAACAAUGAGUUUUGUUGUGUUCAAGAAUGGAAAGAUGGGCAUGAACGUUGGGCAUUCCUGGGCCGAUGCCCCAAUUGUUGGGCACCUCUGGGAGUAUGUCAUGGCCACGGAUAAAAUGGAACUGGGGUACAAUGAAGACGGGCAUUGUAAAGGAGACGUGAAUGGAAACAUCCCUCCUCCCAGCAGACUGCAGUGGGAUAUCCCAGAAGAGUGCCAAAACGUUGUUGAAGAGUCCCUGACAGUUGCCAAAGCCCUCGCAGACGACGUGGAUUUCCACUCGUUCCCUUUCGAUUCUUUCGGCAAAGGACUGAUCAAGAAAAGUAGAACAAGCCCCGAUGCCUUUGUGCAAUUAUCUCUCCAGCUGGCCCAUUACAGAGACAAAGGAAAGUUCUGUUUGACCUAUGAAGCCUCUAUGACCAGGCUGUUCAGAGAAGGCAGAACAGAGACCGUCCGCUCCUGCACCAUUGAAUCCUGCGACUUUGUGUUGGCAAUGUCAGACCCCUCACAAACAAAUGAAAAAAGACUUCAGUUAUUCAAGGAGGCAGCAGAGAAGCAUCAGCAAAUGUACCGUCUGGCCAUGACAGGCUCUGGCAUUGAUCGCCAUCUCUUCUGUCUUUAUGUGGUGUCCAAAUACCUAGGGGUAGAUUCCCCUUUCCUUAAGGAGGUUUUGUCUGAACCUUGGACUCAGACCCCCCAGCAGCAGGUGCACCUUUUCCAGCUGGAGAAAUUCCCAGAGAAUGUAUCAAGUGGAGGUGGAUUUGGACCUGUUGCUGAUGACGGCUAUGGAGUGUCCUAUAUCAUUGUUGGGGAAAACCUCAUUAACUUCCACAUAUCAAGCAAAUUCUCCAGCCCUGAGACCGAUUCUCACCGCUUUGGGAAACAUAUCAAGCAAGCAAUGAUCGAUAUCCUCGCUCUGUUCAACAUCAGCACGAACAACUCCAAUAAAGGAAAGAAAUAAGGCAAAGUUGGUCGGAACAUCAUCGAAACCUAGUUCAUAGUACCACAAUGCAUUAGGCUUCCAUACACACACACAGACACACAGCCAUUCCUUGCUAUAGGAACUACAGGAACCGCCACUAUACCCUCUGAUUUCCAGAAGCCUCAGCCAAAUUCAAAAUGUAGGUCUGCGGGGGUGAAGGUACACUUUGUGUAAAACAUAUUGCUGCUGAAAUGUCAUCCACAUGUUACAAGGGCUUCCGAAGUGUUAGAGACAUAUACAGAUCCUGUAUAAACUUGCCUGCCCUCAUCUUUUUGGGGGACACGUGGGCAUUAUUCUCAUCAGUAAAUAAGCAACCAUUCUUUUUUUUUGCUUCAAUAACCUUAAAUAGGUUUGGGUCCAGGACUUCUGCUCCAUUGACAUACGCAUGGGCGCAUUGUGGAUGAUUGUAUCCAGAUCUCUCGCUUUCCUCUAACAUUGUGCUGGCACUGAAUUAUAUGCAGAGAGCAUAUACUCAUUUUUAUAUAUUCCCACUGCCUGGAGAGAAUAAAGCCUUAGACAAUAGUGUAACAUAUGAUCUGUGUGCCUCCAACUGACUUUCCCAGGAGGCCCGCGUUUAGAAGUACUUGAAUUACAUAUAAGACUUAAUGUAUUUAGUGUGCAUUCAUAAACAGGAUUAUAUGGUGUCUGAUAAUGUCGUCUCUGUAUAGUUAGAUAGCAACAAAAGUAUCAUGUCCGUACUUCUCCGUCUCGACUCUUUGGAACUACAUAGGCAGUGCUUGGCGAGUCUUUCCAUGGUGGGGACGACUCGGUUGAUCCGCCGCUUCGAUAUCAGAGGUUAAUGUGCACUAGUGCCUUAUAUAUGAAGGCUUGUAAUAUAGGAAGAAGUAGAGCGAACUGCAUUUUAUAUAAAGGUACAAAAUCUAUAAAGGUGUUCUAGGCUCCGUCUUUUCUCCUUGGAAAGUUUUUUUUUUGUGUGUGGUUUGUUCCAUGGGCCAUACUAGUGCUGGGCGAAGUCCUCUAGUAAUUAGUCGGGGCUCCAUGCAUGUAUAUUGUGACAUACAUGGUUGGUUUUGGUGCACCCUUCAUUGGUUCUAGACUUUCACCCAUUUAGAAUAUAUAACAAACUUUGAAAAGAAGUUUUUAGUUUGUGUUUAACAGUUGUCUCUUCUAUCCUUAUAGCAAGAGGGGGACACCGGCGUGCAGUGGGUAUGGUAGAGAUUUGUAACAGGAUUCCUUCCAUGUUUGAGCCAAUAUGUUGAGUAUUUUUAUGGAAAGUGCACUAUUUUAUUGAUUGAAUGUAUAUUAUAGUCCUUUAGCAUUUAAAAGGUUGUUCAUCUUUAAAUUAACUUUAAAUAUGAUAUAGAUAGUGCUCUUGUGAGACAAUUUGCAAUUGGUCUUCAUUUUUCAUUACUUGCGGUUUUUGAAUUAUUUGGCUUUUUGUUUAGCAGCUCUCCAGGUUGGCAUUUAAGAGGCUGGUUGCUAUGACCCAGUUUAACCUAGCAACCAGGCAGUUGUUU